GUCUCACUCGCACUAAAUUUCUCGUCUCCCUUCACACCAAUGGCGUCUCCAGCCAGCGGCGGAGUCAGGGCUUCGGUCGGCGGGAGGAAGGAUUCGACCCCGCCUUACGUGAGGGCGAUAUCCGGGUCGUUUGGUGGCAUCGUUGAGGCGUGCUGCCUCCAGCCGAUCGACGUGAUCAAAACAAGGCUACAGCUGGAUCAAAGCGGCGCGUACCGCGGUAUCGCCAACUGCGGGAGAACAGUGGUACGGACGGAGGGCGUUCGCGCGCUUUGGAAAGGCUUGACCCCCUUCGCCACCCAUCUUACUCUCAAGUACGCUCUCCGGAUGGGCUCCAACGCCCUUUUCCAGUCCGCGUUCAAGGAUUCGGCUACGGGAGACUUAUCCCAACGCGGCCGCUUGAUGUCCGGUUUUGGCGCCGGUGUUCUUGAGGCCCUUGUCAUUGUCACCCCCUUUGAGGCAAGUCCCCCUCCCCUCAAUGUUUUUUAUACUUGUGUUCUUGUUUCUGCCUUCUGCCAUGAUUAGGGAAAUUUUUUUCCU